AUGAAUCCCAUUCAAGCAACAUCUUUAAAGUUUCCACAAGAAACAACUCCCAACAACACUAUGGAAAAGUCGCCCAGUGAUCAUCACUCGUCAACACAACCACAGGUAUUUAACAUUGCGACCAAUUCGUAUGUGUUUAGUAACGGUCAUCAACAAGGUGAUUCCAUGUUAGUCUCCUCUCCACCUCCAUCUUGCUCGUCAUCGUCCUCGCAACCACCUGGCUUUACGUUUGUAGACAUGACAAGAGAUGUUGCCUUCAAGAUCAAGUACGAAGGACACAAGUGCCUUAAAGUGAAUAAGCAAUUCAGAAAUAAUGAAACCUUUCAGAACAACUUUUUCAUUUUCAAGAGUGGAAAUGAGCAAACACCAAAUGGUGAAGCCAUGCUAAUGGAUGGUAACAGUGUUGGUGACAUGAUGAUUACUGAAAAUAGUCAAGAUGCCAUCACAACACCACACUCGUCUGGAAACCAUCAUAGUUUCGAAACUGUGAUGAAACCGAUCGAUUUCACUCAUUGCAAUCCCUCUACUAACAGUAUGUCUUCUCCAAUAAGGCAUUCAGGGCCUUCACAUCGAGGAAGAAGAGCUUCUGUGUGUAGCAUGGAAAAUCAUUCACACUUGAGUAGUGGCACCACGACUACUCCAACCGUCACUCCAACCACUUCUACAGCUUCCAAUUGUUUCUUUCAUUUCCAAACUACUCCUAUUCAUCCUCAUGGAAAGAGUCUGGAUACAAGCGUUUCAUCACAAUUAGAUUCAAGUCACUCUCCAAAUGGAAAAGGUAAAAUCGCCAGAGCCACUGCAAGAAGAAGAAAAUCAACGAUUGGCUUUGUUGAUAUUUCAUCAUCGUCGAGUGUCGUUGGAGCAGCUGAGAAACCACCAUCAUUGUCGUCAACCACUUCCCAAGCGGCACUCCUGAAUGAGGUCGAACAGUUGGACAUUAAUCAAACUGUCCAAUCGAAAAAGAAAAAGAAGAGAAGAAAUAGUAAGAGUGCACCAGCGGAUGAAACCUCUCCAACAGCCACAGCAUUGAAUUCAGGAACAAGCGCUGCUACAGAAAAUAAUGGCAAGAAGAAGAGAAAGAGAGGUUCUUCAAGCAAUUCAAAGAAGAGAAAUUCCAAAAAGAAUCAUUCUCCAGAGUUAAAUGCUGCACAGAAUACCACCAUGGAUCCAUCUUUGAUGAAUGGAGAGGACAGUAACACUGUUUCUGGUCCAUUGACCUCAGAUUCGUCUCCUCAUGCCAUACCAGCAUUAUUGACUCCACCUGAUAUGAAUAGCUUCAAUCAAUUAUUGAUUUAUGCAGCCUUAAAUCAAUACUUGCAGCAACAACCUGAGGUUGGUCACGAAUUGAUCAAACAUUUGGCAGUUUUGAAUUGUCAACCACUCGCUGGACAAGCAGUGCAAACUCCUCAAUCACAACCUUCCUCGAGUAAUAACAAUAACUCUUAUGAAUGUGACUUGAACUUUGAUGAGAUUGACCAGUUGCUCGAUGGUUUUCCACAGCUUACCGAUCCAAAUCCUCCCACAAACACAGACCAAUCAACAACUGCUAACGUUAAUGAUGGACGCCUUCUACUGGCUUCUACAAGUACUACCAACCAGCAACAAGAUUUGAACAAUACGGAUAUCACCAUGACUGUAGUCGAUCCUGUAACUCUUCAGGUACAAAAUCAUGAUCAAGAUGGUUCUUCUCAACAGCAUACUCUCCUCAUGAUGCCACAAGACAACACAAAUCAGCAAGUUGACGCAUCUUCCACCACUCUUGCUGCUUCAGACGACCUUAACGUUUUGGAUUCGACACAUCAAUCAAGUGCUGCAAGUCCACUUACAGGAGAAUUUCUACUCGAUCCUAACUUUGAAUGGAAUUGUAUGGAUAGUGGCAGAGGUGAAUUCAAUGACACAUUUGCUGUUGACGGCAGUAGUAGUCAUUCAGGUCUUGCUUCUCAUUCAGAAGGAGGAUCUUGUGCAUCAACACAUAACAAUACCUCCUCCAUGUUGGACGAUACAUUCGAGAAUAUGUUGUUGUCUCCAUGCUCGGAUGUCUCCUCUGGACAAUUACCAAUCAAAGAUCAUGAUUCUCUCCAAAAUUCGUUUUAUCCUUUCCAGAAUCAAGCAAAUUCACCACUAUUUGCAUCAUCAGCAAGUUCUGCUUCCUCUAACAAGCAAGAGCAGUCCCCAGAUGUUGCAAGGAGAGCCGAAUAUUCUGCAGUUUUUAAAGAACAUAUUGACCAGUAA